GUUGUGCGCUACCUAUACUCUCAACGUCAACUGAACUUAGGUUAUCUAAACUUUAGUACGUGUCUUAUGUUAACCGGUUAAAAAGUAUUUAAUUUAAUUAUAACUAUGGCAAAUUUGAGUACUGUGCUUGGUAAAUUCUAUGACGAAUAUGCAAACAACACUCCUAAAAAAUUGAAAAUCAUAGACGCUUAUUUGUUGUAUGUUUUCCUGACAGGAGUAAUUCAGUUCUUGUACUGUUGUUUAGUGGGAACUUUCCCUUUCAAUUCAUUUUUGAGUGGGUUUAUUUCAUGUGUUAGUAGUUUUGUGCUUGCAGUAUGUUUGAGACUGCAAGUGAAUCUUCAGAAUAAAAACCAGUUCUGUGGAAUAAGUCCAGAAAGAGGAUUUGCCGAUUUCAUUUUUGCACAUUUGAUACUUCACCUAGUUGUCAUCAACUUUAUCGGCUAAGCUGGUGAGUAUAGAUUAAUUACAAACUAAGCAAAAGCAAUGUGAUCGUGAUCAGUACACGUGGAAUGGAGUCCAUGGUGAAUGGAAUUAUAAUGAACUGGUUUUUGUGUUCAAUUAUCAUCUUUAAAUUAGGUCUUCAACAGAUAUAGAUGAAUAUUUCUUUUCGUUUAUUCUAGAUCUACGACUGCAAUCAACACCAAUAAAUGUGCACUAAACUGUCAAGUUAAUCGUCUUGUUUCUGAAUAUUUUGAUUGUAUUAUCGAAUAUAGAAGAAAUCUUUCUUAA